AUGUACUUGAGAAGAACUACAAACUACAUUUAUGUUAGUUGUUCACAAAUAUACAAAGGCGCUGUCUUAGAUUGGGGACGACUCUGCCAAAGCUACUGUGGUGAAUCGAUGGUGGAUAGAGGCGGUGGCUCUGUGCUAGGCUUCUACUCUGACUCCGUGGGAGAUGUUUCUUGUGGCUUUCUAAGUUCGAGAUUGGCGGCCAGAGGCGGCUUCUCUGGCUGCCCGCAGAAGCUCCCGUGA